AUGGGCUCCUUAGAGGGAAGACCGAACAAAGGGAACGUGUACGAAUCCAUAAAUGGAACAACAACAAGAACAGCAAGAAGAAGAAGAAGCGACGAUAUCUUCCCGCUUGCAACAGUCCAGUGUCCGCAUGCCUCUGUGGCGGAUUAUCAACGCGUCAUGCUGAAGCAUACCAAGCGGCAGAUGUCUAUAUUCAUGGAUAUCGAUCUCGACUUGGACAUGAACGAUAAGGGAGAUGACGGCUCCGAGAUCACUAGCCUUACUUGUGGUAGCAGGACUAGUGAUAGCUGUGCUGCUGGGAGUAGUUCCAGUAGUUCCUCUUCGUCAGGGAGUGGUCGGGAUGCCAAUGGUGAUUCUGGCUCUGCUGGUGCUACUACUGCUUACCCUGCUGCGAGAGACAAUGUGGGCAGUCAUUCUACGACGUGA